CUGGAACUGGCGAGCCAGCUGAAGCAGUGGCACCUGAAAGUUAUCGAAAUAGUAAAAAGAGGACAGCAUCGCAAGUCUCUGGAUAAACUCUUCCAGGGCUUCAAGCCCGCCGUGGAGUCCUGCUACUUCAACUGGGAGGUGGCCUACCCACUGGAAGGCAUCACCUACUGCAACGCGGAUAAAAAGAGCUCCACCUUCUGCUGGCCGAGGGCGAUGCAGCUCCACAGAGGACUCAAAAAUGCGGGGGGGGACUCAUCUGAAGCAGGAGGGGGGGGUAGAACUGAACCUGGACCUGGUGGAGACUUCAAAGGAAGAGGAGGCUGCCACUUGUCACAACAGGAAGUGGCGGUGCGGCCGAAGGAGACCAUCCUGAGCAAAAGGAAAGGGCUGUCACUGGGGGGAGGAGGGGGGGGGAUGCUGGUGCGUUUGGCAGGAGGCGUGUCUCUAUCUUUAGAGGAGGGUGGAGGGAAAUGCAUGCAUAAAGGGCCUCCUCCCUCCUCUGGAGGGAAACUGAAGCUCGCACAAGGCAGUGGCAAAGGGGCGUCUGUGGGGGGGUCGGCCGUUAGCGGCGGGCUAGGUACUAGCAAGCAUGCUAGCGCUAAACGGAGAACCAGCAGCGAGGACAGCUCCCUGGAGCCGGAUCUAGCCGAACUCAGUCUGGACGACAGCUGCAAUCUGGCUUUGGGGGCUGAGGCCAGCAACACCUUUGAUUUUCUCCCCCCUCCCCCAGAAAUGCUGCCUUCUCCCAGCCCUCUUCUCAGAGACUCCCCCAAAUACAGCAACGGCGGAGGGUGCAAACGCGUGUGUCAUAUCUCCACCACGGCCACGCCCUGCUUUCCUCCUAAAGAGGAGGCUGAUGUUGAUGUUCCUAACACUGCCGAUAGGGAAUCAGAACCUGCCCAGAAUAGAGAUGAAAGCAUGGGUUCAGAGGAGAACCACCAGGCUUCAAGCUCCACAAUAACAGCGGGUUCUGGCACCCCCCAAACACCCGGAAAACUGCCCCCAGGCUGCAGGGAAGCGGCUCCUGCUGAGGGAGGAAUCGUCGCAGGGGGGGGGGGCAACCAGGGAGCAGAAGGGGGCGGGGCUUCUGAGGGAGAGGCCGUGGGUGAGGAUGACUAUCAGGUGUACUACCUGAGUGCUGCCUCAGAGGAGGGAGCAGAGAGACAGAUGGCUGACAGCCACCAGGAGGAGGAGCCAGACAUCUUUGCAGGGAUCAAACCGCUGGAGCAGGAGGGCCACAUGGAGGUGCUGUUUGCCUGUGCUGAGGCCCUGCAUGCUCAUGGCUACAGUAAUGAGGCCUGUCGGCUGGCUGUGGAACUGGCCAGAGACCUGCUAGCCAACCCUCCAGACCUGAAAGUGGAGCAGCCACAGACUAAGGGCAAAAAGAGCAAGGUGUCAACCAGCAGGCAGACUCAGGUAGCCACCAACACUCUGUCCAAAGCCGCCUUCCUCCUCACCGUCCUCAGCGAGCGGCUGGAGCUCCACAACUUGGCCUUCAGCACUGGAAUGUUCUCCCUGGAGCUUCAGAGACCACCAGCAUCCACCAAAGCUCUUGAGGUGAAGCUGGCCUACCAGGAGUCGGAGGUGGUGGCUCUGCUGAAGAAGAUCCCUCUGGGUCUGGUGGAGAUGUCGGCCAUUAGAGAGCGAGCAGAACAGCUCCGGGACGGAAACCUGUGUGAUUACAGACCCGUUCUGCCUCUCAUGCUGGCCAGCUUCAUCUUUGAUGUCCUGUGUACUCCAGUGGUGUCCCCGACUGGUUCCCGUCCACCCAGUCGAAACAGAAACAACGAGAUGCCCGGGGACGAGGAGCUGGGCUUUGAGGCCGCUGUUGCUGCGCUGGGGAUGAAGACCACUGUGAGUGAGGCAGAGCAUCCUCUGCUCUGUGAGGGAACUCGCCGGGUGAAAGGAGACCUAGCUCUGGCUCUCAUGAUCACCUAUAAGGACGACCAGAGCAAACUCAAGAAGAUACUGGAUAAGUUGCUGGACAGGGAGAGCCAGACCCACAAGCCUCAGACUUUGAGCUCCUUCUACUCCAGCAAACCAGCAGCAGGCAGCCAGCGUAGCCCCUCCAAACACACCGCGGUGGGGUCUGCAUCAGGGGGGGUUUCCAAACACACCCAGUCCUCCUCCUCUGCAAAUACAAUGGCCGCCUCUUCUUCAAGCUCCUCCUCCACCGUGGCUUUUCCCGCCGAAGAUACAGCUCCUCCAGCGGACCUGAACCCAGUACAGAACAACAACGCUGGGGAGGGUUCCUCUGAGACCAGAGAGCGUGCUUCUGAUGGGCCUCAGUUAUCAAGUGAGCAGCAAAAUGAAACGGCUCCAUUUAAGCUGGAGGCCACAGUUCCCAGUCGGCUGGCACUGGGAGCUCGAUGUGGCUACAGCCAACGCUGCUGGGGCUCACCUGUCCGCCAGAAGAAGAAACACACCGGAAUGGCGAGUAUAGACAGCUCUGCUCCAGAAACCACCUCCGACAGUUCCCCCACCCUCAGCCGGAGGCCGUUUCGGGGGGGUUGGGCCGCUGCUUCUUGGGGGCGGGGCCAAGACAGUGACAGCAUCAGCAGCUCCUCGUCUGAUUCGCUGGGAUCCUCCUCCUCCAGUGGCUCUCGCAGAGCAGGGGGUGGAGCCAGAGCCAAGAGUACCGACACCAGCAGAUAUAAAGGACGGCGUCCAGAGUGUCAUGCUCCACACGUGCCCAACCAGCCAUCGGAGGCCGCCGCCCAUUUCUACUUUGAACUGGCCAAGACUGUGCUCAUCAAAGCCGGAGGAAACUCCUCCACCUCCAUUUUCACGCAGCCCUCGGCCAGCGGCGGCCACCAGGGGCCCCACAGAAACCUGCACCUCUGCGCCUUCGAGAUCGGGCUCUAUGCUCUGGGCCUCCACAACUUUGUGUCACCCAACUGGCUGUCCAGGACCUACUCAUCUCACGUGUCCUGGAUCACAGGCCAGGCCAUGGAGAUUGGCAGUGCUGCCCUCAACAUUUUGGUGGAGUGCUGGGAUGGGCACCUCACCCCCCCAGAGGUGGCCUCCCUGGCAGACCGAGCAUCGCGGGCCCGGGACCCCAACAUGGUCCGGGCCGCAGCAGAGCUGGCUCUGAGCUGUUUGCCUCAUGCUCAUGCCCUCAACCCCAAUGAGAUCCAGAGAGCCCUGGUCCAGUGCAAAGAGCAGGACAACGUGAUGCUGGAGAAGGCCUGCAUGGCUGUGGAGGAGGCCGCCAAAGGUGGGGGUGUAUACCCCGAGGUCUUAUUCGAGGUUGCUCACCAGUGGUACUGGCUUUAUGAGCAGUCAGUAGGCGGGGGUUCCAGUCAACAACGAGAAACUUCUGGUCGCUGUGGAGCCAAUGGCGGUCCAGGAAGGAGGCCUCCAGAUCCUAACUGUGGGGUCCUAGAUGGUGGGGUGAACAUGGAGUCUCCAGGGGUGGCUACAGUCACAGCCUCAGUCACAGCGGCGGCCGUAGUGCCGGUUAUCUCUGUGGGCUCCACCAUCUAUCAGUCCCACGCCCUACCGGGGCAGGCCAUAGCUCACCCCCAUAGCCAGGGGCUGCACCCCUACACCACCAUCCAGGCCCACCUGCCCACCGUCUGCACCCCGCAGUACCUGGGGCACCCCCUCCAGCACGUGCCCCGCCCCGCCGUGUUCCCCGUGUCCGGGGCCUCGUAUCCACAGGGAAUGCAUCCAGCUUUUAUCGGGGCCCAGUUCCCGUUUUCAGUCGCCACCGGCCCCCAGCCGCCUAUGGCCGCCACAGCGGUCACUUUCCCUGGUGUUCCCGUUCCGUCUAUGACCCAGAUCGCUGUCCAUCCCUACCACGCGGAGACCGGCCUGCCCCUGAGCACCACCGUGGCAGUGGGAAGUGUCCACACAGGCCCCACCAUCCAGGCCAUACAGGGUGCAUCUCUGCCCCCCCCCCCCCAGCCCGCCCCACUGGUCAGCGCCGCGUUCCCAGCAGAAGAUGACCAGCACAGUCAGCAAAUCAGCCAACAGGGCCUGCACUACCUGCAUUCUGCCUACAGAGUUGGCAUGCUGGCGCUGGAGAUGUUGGGCAGGAGGGCUCAUAACGACCAUCCCAACAACUUCUCCCGGAGCCCACCCUACACAGAGGACGUCAAAUGGCUGCUGGGACUGGCUGCGAGGCUGGGAGUGAACUAUGUGUACCAGUUCUGCGUGGGAGCAGCUAAAGGCGUGCUCAGCCCCUUCGUCCUGCAGGAAAUCAUCAUGGAGGCUCUGCAGAGGCUGAACCCCGCCCACAUCCACGCCCACCUGCGCACGCCCGCCUUCCACCAGCUGGUGCAGCGCUGCCAGCAGGCCUACCUGCAGUACAUCCACCACCGGCUCAUCCACCUGACUCCGGCGGACUACGAUGACUUUGUGAACAUCAUCCGGAGCGCCCGGGGGGCCUUCUGCCUGACGCCGGUGGGCAUGAUGCAGUUCAACGACGUUCUGCAGAACCUGAAGAGAGGAAAGCAGACCAAGGAGCUGUGGCAGCGCAUCUCCCUGGAGAUGGCCACCUUCUCCCCCUGAAGGAGAGCAGACACUGCCAACCCCAGGCCCGCUCUGUAGGACCGCUAUAAGAACCGGA